AUGGUCGGGGUUCCCGGACGCUCAAAGGGUUGCAACACAUGCCGGAAGCGAAAGAAGGGCUGUCGGAAGGCGGGGAUCGAGUGCGCGGGCUACGAGAGGAAGCGCAUCUUCGUCAACGUCACCAACCCGGCGACCAACCGCAACUCGAAGGCGGUGGUUGCUUUUACGCGCACAAUUAUCCAGACACCAUCUUUAUCUCAGUCUGCCUUUGAAGAAAAGACAUUCGAUCUGUUUUGGGAUGGGUACAUGCCCGAGGCCCCAUUGUGUGCCCCUGGAAGCCCUAUCGUGAGAUACUCCAACGCUGACUGGGCAACAACGGCCCGCGACCUCUAUCGUACCGAUGCCGCGUUACGAGAGAGUUUAUUGGCACUCAGUCUGGGAACCAUUGGCCGGCGAGACAAGGAGCAGGGGAUGAUCGAUGACGGCCUGAAGUUCUACUGCAAGGCUCUGAGUGAGCUAAAUAUCGCGCUCCGACAUCCGAAGAGAUGGAAGACAGACGCCUUGAUGUUGGCUGCGAGGAUUCUUGGAUUCUAUGAGGUAAGAUACACAUUCCUGGUCUUUGUUCAAGCUGACUUGAAGUAUCUGAAGCUACUGUAUGGAGCUGAUGAUAGGGAGCGACAUGAAAUCUCUCAAAGUGAAAGCUGGGAGGGCCAUACCAUAGGCGAGAUGGCCUUGGUAUUGCAACGCAGUCCGGAGGCUCACAUCGAAGGCCGGGCACACGACUUGUUCUCAUCGGGACGAUAUCAUUUGGUAGAUAUUCUCUCACUCUCAGAGCUCGACGCACUUGUCAUCACCCAUAUCAAGCGCAGACGCAGAUGUCCGCUCAGCCACCCUGCUUGGAAGACCGUUCCAUGGCAAAAAGUUCCCAAAACGUCGAAAGACGUCUUGAUCGAUAUCUUUGUCGACGUUCCUGGCCUUCUCGAAGACCUCGAUUCUCUGAGGAGAUGCAAGGAUAAUUCCGAGAAAGAGUCAAGGCGCGUCAGGCUCGUCAGGGAGUGCUGGCAUAUUGACGAAGAGCUCAACCGGUGGCUGGAUGACCUUAGUCCUAAACAUGAGCUAGAGGGGCUCAUGAAAAGAGGUCUCGACAAUCCAUCAGCCUGCGAUGUCGUCGUUGCUUCCGUCAUGGCUUUGAGCUGGACGAUAGCACUCUUGUCCUACAGCACUCUCCGUCUUGCAGUCGGUGAACAGGCCAGUCUGGAGUUACCCGAGCGGACAGACCCCCUCCUCUACUGCACCAAGAUCGCCGACAUUGUCGAUGUCUUUUUCCAUCCUUCAGCGGGCACUUUUGGGAUACAGUCUGCGCCGUUACCGAUAGGCAUGGCUUUGGUCUACCUGAAUUCGUUUGAGGAAGGCUUCAACUGUGAGACGAAAUGGAAGUUAGCUGGCUUCUUCGGGCGUACGGCAAGCAACGGCAUCGGCAUCGGCAAAUUUCUUCUGAGCACCCAACGAAAUGGAUUGAUAGCGAAUAGCCCCACGCCGGUCACGCCUGAUGGUAUCAGGGCCAAGGCACAGGGUUGGAUAGGUGCUGCAGUUUAG